AUGCGUCUCGCGAUCGUCGCCUUCCCAUUAGAGGUAACUAGAAACGUGAGACGACGUCGAAGAAGACAAAGCAUGCAGGCCAACCCAAAGACCUUAUGGGCCAGCCCAAAGACCUUAUGGGCCGCCCAAAGACCUUAUGGGCCAGCCCAAAGACCUUAUGGGCCAGCCCAAAGACCUUAUGGGCCAGCCCUCCCUGCCCCGACUCUCGCCCUCUCCCUCUCGAAGGACACGGACUCCAACUGCGAACGCUACAUCUUCGUCAGCCGCUUUCGCCCCCAUCCACGGAGCUUCAAAUUCGCUGAAGCGGAAAUUCAUUUGGAAAUUUGGAAGUGGAAAUUCGGGGAAGUGAAAUUCGCUGCGCCCGAUUUCGGACCUUCAGACGCUCUCAGAAAGGAACGCGACGAGGUGGAACUUCACGACGGGAAGGGGUUGAAGAAAGGGAACAGGGGUCCAAACACCUAUUCGUACCGAAUGGAUCUCAAGAGCGUCAGUUGCGGGGCACUAUUCAUACGGGAAUCAAAGAUGGGAGUAUUCGAGUACGUUCGAUUUCACUCGGAGGAUGCCGACGUCCUAUUUAUUUAUUUAUAUGCCGCGAGCGGGAGGGAAGAAGGCGAUAAGAGACGCUCUGCGAGAGAGGGACUGGCGCAGUGCGUGGUCAGCACGGGCAGGGCACGCGGGGAUUCGCCAGACGCUGGAGAGAAAAGAGUCCGUGUUCCAACAUCCUUUCAGAGGCGUUCCCCCGCCAUGGACCGCCGGAGGAACUGGAAGCAACCGAGAACCCCCCACGAGACCCUGGGCCUGGGCUCGGACGCCUGCCUGGACCAAGUGAAGACGGCCUACAAGCGGCUCGCGCUCAGAUAUCAUCCCGAUAAGAACACCGAUAAGUUCGAGUCCACCAAGAAGUUCCGGGAGAUCAAUUCUGCGUACAAGGAACUCACAAAAAAGCUGCAGAAAGCCGACGCAGCCGAGAAGAAGGUGCUCGGCGAGGCAUCGGAGGCCGCCUUCCGUAGAUACGACGCCCAGAUGAGCAGCCUCGUCGGAGCCGAUCUCAUCGACGAACGAGACUUGAUUGCUGGAGAGAGAAAAUACCGUCAGGAAGCCAUGAAUCUCUUCUCGAGGACGAAGUCACGGUGGCCCCAACUUCUGCAGAAACUCAAGGACGAGUUUGAAAAACGCCUGCAAGCCAGGUACGAGGAGUUUCGGAAAGCGAGAGAUUCGAGACAAAUUGCCGCAGAAAAUAAUAUGAGAGACGCAAUAAAAUCGGCCGUCGGUCAGUACGACACCCAGAUGAAUCGCUUGUGCCAAGGGGACUUGAUCAGCCACCAGGAUCUGGCAAAGAAAGAAGAAGAAUAUCGCAGGCAGGCGAUUGCGGCCUUUGUCAAGCAAGGUUCACAGUGGCCGUUCCUAUUGAAGAAAUUCGAGGACGAACUGAAACGAAGCCUGGAAGACCAGCAUGAACUCUACCGGAAAAGAAGGAACGAAAAAGAGGCAGAAGCAGAGAUGCAGCUGAGAAGAACUCUGGAAUCGGCCGUGACUCGAUACGACGACCGGAUGACCCGAUUGGGUCAAGGUCACUUGGUCAGUCUGCAGGAGCUGGCGAUGAAGCACGAAGACUACCGGAAGGAGGCACUUGAGACUCUUUUGGAAGUUGGAGUCCAUUGCCCACAUAUUUCCCAGAAGUUCGAGGACGAGCUCGAAAAACGGCUACAAGCCCGACACACAUUCCAUCAGGAAGCGAGGAACGCAAGAGAAACAAGAGGGAAAACUGAGCUAAGACAAGCGCUGGAAUCCGCUGCAUCUCGACACCGAAUCCAGCUGAGGCGAUUGUUCGAGGAGGACUUGAUCAGCGAGGAGGAUAUGGAGACGAGGGAUGCAGAAUAUCGCAGGCAGGCGAUUGCAACCUUCUUCAUCCACGGAUCACAGUGGCCGCUCCUAUCCGAGAAAUUUGAGGACGAAUUGGAGAAACGUCUCCACGCCGAUUAUGCGAUAUUCGCGAAAGAGAGAGACGCAAGAGAGGCAGCAGUGAGGCUGCAUCUCAAGUCCGAAAUGGAAUCAUCGAUCGAUCGAUACGACGUCCAGAUGACCCUGUUGCGCGACGGGGAAUUGAUCAGCAAGCAGGAGAUGCGAAUGAGCGCUGCAAAAUACCGCAGACAAGCACGUCUGCAAGCCGUCUACGAAACGUAUGAAAAACAACGGAAUUCCAGGCAGACGGAAGUGGAAACGCAACUGUGGAAAGAAGUGGCAUCGACUGCCGGCCGAUACGACGACCAAAUGAGCCGCUUGUGCGAAGGGGACCUGAUCAGCGAGCAGGAGCUGGUGACAAAAGAAGCAGAAUUCCGUUCGUUAGCAAUUGCAACCUUCUUUAAGAGCGGAUUGCAGUGGCCGUUUCUGCUGAAGAAAUUCGCAAACCAUCUGAAACUACGCCUGAAAAUGCGAUAUGAAAUAUGCAUGAAAAAGAGGGCUGAAAGAAAGCGAGAAGCAACGCUGCUGCUAAGAAAUGCCGUAGCAUCAGCUGUCAUUCAAUACGAAAAUCAGAUGAACCGAUUGUGUGAAGGAGACUUGAUCACUGAGCUGGAGCUGAGAAGGAGACACGAAAACUAUCGAGGAGAAGCACUUAAGGCAAUUUUUUCCAUCGGAGCCCACUGCCCACAAAUUUCCAGGAAAUUCGAGAACGAGUUGGAAAAACGACUACGACUACGCCUUGCAGUCUACGAGGAACAGAGGAACGCAAGAGAAGCAAUCGAAAGACAUGCGGCAAUACAGUUGAAGCACGCCCUGUCGUCAGCAGCCGCCGGAUACGACAUCCAGAUGAGCCGAUGGAUCGAGGGACCCCUGGUCGACGAGGAGGAGCUGAGAGCGAGGGAUGCAGAAUGUCGCAGAGGGGCGCUCGCGGUUUUCUCGAAGCAAGCAUCGCAGUGGCCGCAUCUUUCGAAGAAAUUUGAAGAUGAGUUGGAAGAGGAAGCUGAAUCCGGCCAUCAAACAUCUAAGAUGAUUGGAAAAGGUGAGAGGAUACUGUAG